AAAAUAAUUGUGUACUCAUUUUAAGAGUAAUUAUUAGUACGUACAAAGAUUUCCAAAUGAUUUCUAACGCACUACAAAUAAACAAUCCAGAUAAGAUAAUUUGUAUAGUAGUGAAACAGUUCUGUGUGUUAAUGUGUAAAUCUAAAUUCCUUUAAGAGUAUAAUUUACAAUAUUGAGUAAUCAGAAAAAUUACAUCAUUCGUUUAAUAAAUAUCAUUAGUUUUACGAAUUAUUGUAAAAUGUUCAGAUAGCUUUCAUAUUGAUUGUUAGUUUUCCACAAAAUAAAUUAAUUUAAUUGCUUGAGUAUAUAAUGUUAAAGAAAAAGAAAAUAUCUCCCAAUUUGCAAAAAAAAUAUCACGCAACCUUAUCAGUGGCGUAUGUAGAGGAUUACACUAGGACACAAAACCACUCAUGCUCAUAUUAUUAUACUACAGACAUAAAUGGUGUAAAAAAAUGUCGUGUCAUUUAUUUCAAUGACAAGGAACAACCCAAAAAUAAUUUAAAUCGAAUUAUUACAUCUAAAUAUGGAAUAUUAUCGUUUUUGCCUCGCAUUUUAGUAGAGCAAAUGAAACAUUUUUCAAGUCAAUAUUUUUUAGUUAUUUCUGUACUUCAGCAAAUUCCUGGAGUAUCACCACUUGGUCGUUAUACGACAAUAAUACCCUUAACUUGUCUUAUGAUUUUAUCAGGAAUCAGAUCAUUCUUUGAUGAUAUAAAAAGGCGUACUGCUGAUAAUUCAAUUAAUAAUAGGUAUACCAAAGUAUUAAGAAACGGAAAUUUAAUUCACAAAAAAUGGAGUGAUAUUGGUGUUGGAGAUAUAUUAAAAAUCGAGAAAAAUAGUAUAUUUCCUGCUGAUUUGGUAUUAAUUUCUUCUAGUGAACUUGAUGGGAUGUGUUUUAUUGAGACAACAAAUUUAGAUGGAGAAAAUAAAUUAAAAACUCGUCAUAGUCUAAGCGAAACUUUAAAAUGCACUGGAUUAAAUGAUUUAACAAAUUUAGAUGGUGUAAUAGAAUGUGAGAUGCCGAAUAAAUUACUUAAUAAAUUUACUGGAAGUUUAACAAUACAAAGAGAAGAUCCUGCUCCUCUAGAUUACAAACAAUUAUUGUUGAGAGGAGCUGUAUUAAGAAACGUAAAAUGGAUAUAUGGCGUAGUAGUUUACUCUGGUCAUGAGACGAAACUAAUGUUAAAUCAAAUUAAAACAACUUUGAAACGGUCGAAAGUAGACAUAUUUCUUAAUUCGCAAAUGAAGAUUAUUUUUCAAUGUAUUUUAGUUAUCUGUUUAAUAUGUUCCAUUUGUUGUACAUUGUGGUCAAAAAAUCAUAGUAAAAAACAUUGGUAUAUACAAUUUUUAGGAAUAUCCCCUAAAUUCUUUUUAUUUCAAACAAUUACAUAUUUCAUUAUAUUUCACAAUUCUAUCCCAAUAUCACUUAGAGUGUACAUCGAAAUUGUUCGUUGGAUUGAGGCAUGGUUUAUUGAUAAUGAUCUAGACAUGUAUCACGAAGAAACGGAUACACCCGCCCUAGUUAAAUCUCCAAAUCUUAACGACGAAUUAGGACAGGUGAAAUACAUUUUUUCUGAUAAAACUGGUAGUCUGACUAAGAAUAUUAUGGAGUUGAAAUUUUGUUCAAUUGCUGGAAAACUUUAUAAUGAAAGGUCAUGGAACACUUUAAAUUAUGAUAUGGUUAAUCAACAAAGAACAAAAGACGAUAUCAUUGAAUUUUUAAGAACAUUAGCUAUUUGUCACACUGCAAUACCAGAAAAAAGAAAUGAUAAUGAAAUAUUAUACUACACAUCAUCUUCAGAUGAACAAGCAUUAUUGAACGGAUCGAAACUUUUUGGUUAUAUAUUUCAAACUCGUUCUCCAAAAUCGAUCACUAUAACAGCAAAUGGUAUUGAAGAAAAAUAUGAAAUUUUGAGUAUUCUUAAAUUUACCAGCGCUAGAAAAAGAAUGUCAGUAAUUGUGCGCUCUGCUGAUUCCAAAAUAAAACUUUAUUGCAAGGGAGCUGAUUCAGAAAUGUUAAAACUUUUAUCAGAUAUAGGCAAAAAAUAUGAAAUCAUGACUAAGAUUCAUUUAAAAGAAUUUGCCUGUGCAGGAUUCCGAACUUUAUGUUAUGGAUAUGCCGAUAUUUCUGAAAUUUAUUAUGAGAAAUGGAAAUCUGAUUACCUUAAAACCUCUACUAUUAUACAAAAUCGUGAAGAAGCUCAAGAUAAAAUAGCGGCAAAAAUUGAAAAAGACCUUAUAUUAACAGGAGCUACUGCUGUCGAGGAUAAACUACAAGACAACGUUCCAGAGACGAUUCAAGCUUUUUUGGAUGCUAAUAUUAAUAUAUGGAUGCUAACUGGUGAUAAACAAGAAACGGCAAUCAAUAUUGGAAUAUCAACCAACAUUAUAAAAAAAGGAGUUCCAUUGAUUGUUAUAAAUGAAUCAAAUUACACAGCUUGUAAAAAAUCAAUUCACAGUUAUAUUAGACAAUUAGGACCAACUCUCAAUAAUCGAAAUCAUCCCUUCACUCUUGUAAUUGAUGGACAAUCUUUAGCAUUUGUUCUAUCGGGAGAGAUUAAAAGAGAUUUUCUAAAGUUAAGUAUUAGCUGUAAAACAUUAAUUUGCUGCAGGCUAACUCCAUCGCAAAAAGCUGAGUUGGUUGAACUUGUAACAAAAGCCACUAACGAUGUAACUUUGGCAGUAGGUGACGGUUCUAGUGACGUUCCUAUGAUACAAAAAGCAAAUAUAGGUGUAGGAAUUUCAGGACUAGAAGGUUAUCAAGCAUCUAGUGCUGCUGACUAUUCAAUAGCACAAUUCAAAUAUUUAUCUAAACUAAUAUUUGUUCAUGGAGCAUGGAAUCAUGAUAGAGUGUGUAAAAUGAUUUAUUAUUGUUAUUAUAAAACAGUAUGUUUCUACACAUUACAACUAUGGUUUGCAAUAUACUCUGGAUGGUCCGGUAAAUUGUUGUUUGAUAGAUGGAUUAUAUGCACUUAUAAUAUAGUUUUCACAGCAGCUCCACCUUUAGCAAUUGGAAUAUUCAAUACAGUUUGUUCUGCAGAAACACGUUUGAAAUAUCCAUACAUGUAUACACAAAUAAACAAUAAGUUAAACACCAAAACUUUUUGGAAAUGGGUUCUCAAUGGAAUAUGUCAUUCAUUCCUUAUAUUUUGGUAUUGUUUAUUUAUUUUAAAACAUGAAAUCAUUUGGAAUAAUGGAUAUAUUGGAGAUUUUUCAAUACUAGGCAACUGUAUAUACACGUGUGUACUUACUGUAGUUUGUUUAAAAGCGGGGCUGCUCAUUCAAUCUUGGAAUUUCAUAGUACAUUUAACAAUUUGGUCAUCUAUAUUGUCGUGGUUUAUAUUUGUAGUCGCAUAUAGUCGAUUAGCACCGUUUUUGUACUACAUUGAUAUAACAAUCCAUUUAAAUGACGUCAUUUUGAUGAGUUCACCUGUGUUUUGGCUUACCUUAGUGCUUAUCACAUGUUUUUCAUUGAUGUUAGACGUUACAAUUAUGACGAUUCAAAAAAUAUUUUGUAAAUCGAUAACACAAAAAUUACGAAAAACAGAGUUACAGAGCAAUAUUUAAUAAAUUAAUUGUUAAAAAUGGUCGAUAAAUUUACCUAAGUUCAAAGGAUUAUUUUACGCCUUGCUAUUACAUAAUUUCAUGGAACCUAGGUUGGGUUGGGUUUAGUUUAUA